CAAAAACCUUCAGUGUUUCUUCGUUGCUUCUGCUUUAAGCAGUCUUAAAAUUUAUAGCUAUAUCAAUGGAUACUUUAUAUAUCACAAUAAUAGAGUCCUGCAAAAGAUAAAUUUCAAUGAAUAUUCAUAAUCUUUCCUUGUUGAUCAUUGUUUCAUGUUUAGUUAUACCUUCUCCCAAAUAUUCCAUAGCAGCAGAUACUAUUCAACUCUCCCAGUCCUUCACUGUUGGCAUGACCUUGGUUUCCCAACGUGAAAAGUUUGUACUUGGUUUCUUCACUCCUGAAAAUUCCAACAAAAGUUACUUAGGAAUUUGGUACAAGAAUAUCCCAAUUCAAACAGUUGUUUGGGUUGCAAAUGGUGCCAAACCCAUCAAUGAUUCCUCCUCUGGCACCCUAACACUAAACAACACUGGCAACCUUGUCCUCAAUUAACAUGACAAAGUAGUUUGGUAUACAACGUCUCAACAAGAUUCCCCGAAUCCAAUUGCACAGCUUCUGGAUUCAGGGAAUCUUGUGAUAAGAGACAGGAAAGAAACAAAUCCAGAAGCCUAUUUGUGGCAGAGUUUUGAUUACCCUUGUGAUACAAUACUUCCGGGGAUGAAGUUGGGUUGGAAUCUUAGAACUCAUACGGAAACGAGAAUGACAUCUUGGAAAAGUCCUGAGGAUCCAUCACCUGGAGACUUUUAUUUGGGUUAUUUGCUUUAUAAUUAUCCUGAACAAUAUUUGAUGCUAGGAACAAAGAAAUUUAUAAGACUUGGACCAUGGAAUGGAUUGCAUUUUAGUGGUAUACCAGGUCAAAAGCCAAACAACAUUUUUGCUUCCGGCCAUGUGUCUACGAAGGAUGAAAUUUAUUCUUUUUAUACUUUGAAGAAUGAUUCUGUCAUUUCAAGAAUGGUAAUGAAUCAAACCACAUUGAACUACACUCGAUACUUGUGGAUGGAAGAUCAACAAAAUUGGAAAGUUCUUAAAUCAAUACCUAAAGACGUGUGUGACUAUUAUGGAACCUGUGGAGCUUAUGGUACUUGCAUAAUCACAGGUUCACAAAUAUGUGAAUGUUUAUCAGGUUUUAGCCCCAAAUCUCCAGUUGCUUGGAAUGCAACUGAUUGGAAUCAAGGAUGUGUCCGAAAUAAACCGUUAAAUUGCACUAACAAACUCAAGGAUGGAUUUGUUAAAGUGAAAGGUCUAAAAGUGCCAGAUUGUACACAUACUUGGGUAGAUCAAACCAUAGGUCUACAUGAAUGUAGAGUCAAGUGCUUGAAUAAUUGUUCUUGUAUGGCUUAUACUUAUGCAAAUAUAACAGGAGAAGGCAGUGGCUGUGUCAUAUGGUUUGGUGAUUUAAUUGAUAUUAGGAAGUUUGAAGAUGAUGGACAGGAUCUUUAUAUUAGAAUGGAUGCUUCUGAAUUUGGCAAAGAGGGACAUGAUGAGCUCAAGAAUGAUUUGAUAAGAAUACUUACUAGCACCAUUGUAGUUUCUGGGAUACUUUUUCUUGGAUAUUACCGCUACAUAUUGUGGAGGAGGAGGAGGAGAAUAACUGAGGAUUCAGAAGUUAUCGAUCUGGAAGGUGACAACGGUAGUGAGGACCAGGAUGAUCUCGAUCUCCCAUUGCUUGCAUAUUCAACCUUAGUCACUGCCACUAAUAACUUCUCGAUAAAGAACAAGAUUGGAGAAGGUGGUUUUGGACCUGUAUACAAGGGAAGAUUGGUAUGCGGACAAGAAAUUGCUGUGAAGAGGCUUUCAAGUGACUCUGGACAAGGAAUUACUGAGUUUAAGAAUGAAGUAAAGCUUAUAGCAAAACUUCAACACCGGAAUCUUGUUAAACUUCUUGGAUGCUGUAUCGAGGAAGAAGAGAGAAUGCUAGUUUAUGAAUACAUGAACAACUGUAGCUUGAAUAGGUUUAUUUUUGAUGAUACUAAAAGCAAACUUCUAGAUUGGCCUAAGCGCUUCAACAUUAUUUGCGGAAUUGCUCGAGGUCUUCUUUAUCUUCAUCAUGAUUCUAGAUUGAGGAUAAUUCAUAGAGACCUCAAACCAAGCAAUAUUUUGCUUGAUGACAGGCUGAACCCGAAAAUAUCAGAUUUUGGUAUAGCUAGAAUUUUCGGAUUAGAUCAAACACAUGGAAAUACCAAGCGAGUGGUUGGAACAUAUGGCUACAUGGCACCAGAAUAUGCUGUUGAUGGACUUUUUUCUGUGAAAUCUGACGUGUUUAGCUUUGGAAUUUUGAUGCUGGAGAUUAUAUGUGGGAAGAGAAGUAGAGGUUUUUAUGUCGAAAAUGACUCUCCUAACCUCGUCACUCAUGCAUGGAGUUUAUGGAAAGAGGGAAGGGCUUUAGAACUAGUUGACAAAAACAUAGAGGAUUCUUGUGUUGAAUCAGAGGUAUUGCGUUGCAUUCAUACCAGUCUCUUGUGUGUCCAGAAAUCUACAGAGGAUAGGCCUGUUAUGCCUUCUGUUAUUCUAAUGCUGGGGAGUGACAGUGAAUUUUCUAAGCCAAAACAGCCCGGUUACUAUGUAAAGAAGGAUUCAUUUGCAGAAUCUUCCAACUCGGGUCGAAGUGAAAAGAUCAUGACCAACGAUAUGACUAUCACCAUAUUAGAAUCCCGAUGAUAUGUAGCAAAUGAAAAGGUCACUUAAACAAAAGAUGGUAUUAAGAAGCGGAAAACAAAUCCAAUCACUAUUGCAAUUUAAAUUUACAUAGGGAAACUAUUUGUCUUGUGUAUAGUUUUAAAUUUUUGUUCACAAAUGUAAUUAGGGGCCGCAAUAUAAAUAUUUUAGAGGUCUCUGUAACGACAUUGUAACUGUAAUUGCAGCUGCAUCGGCUGAAUUUUGUCACAAUAUCAAGGCUCGCAGUGUAACUGGAA